UCUCACUUGCUUGAAUCAUUUCGCAAAAAAAAAAUUUCGAAUGACAUUGUCUACGACAUCUGUUUAACAUUUCUUAUGCUGAAUUCGGUUGUUGCUGAAUUGUCUGUGCUUAACGGAAGUUUAACGAAACUAUCGGAUGGGAAGAUUUCAGGACGUACGUUCAAUAUAGAUGGUCACAUUCAAUUCUCAUGGCAGCAUUGCAAGAAACGCAUUUAAGCCCGCUCGCCCGGAAUCAUAAAGACACGGCAGAAGUUUGAGUUUGAGUUUUAUCGCGAAUGGACUAUGUCAACAAAUAUGUUUUCAACUAAACCAGACAUGAAACCGCAAAAUAGCGACUUCAUGAUGUGGUCGCAGGAUCAGACGCACACAAUGGGAGCACAGAAAGGUUUCACAACAGCGAAACCAUUAAUCAGCAUUCUGGACUUGGGAAAAUUGUUACUUCAAUAUUCUAGAGAUGGAGAUGCAGCGAAAGUGCAUGAGCUUAUCAUUAAAGGUGCACCGUUUAAUGCAGAUUGGCUUGGUAUGACACCGCUACACUAUGCAGCAAAACGUAAUAGUUACGAAAUUUGCGAUAUGCUCUUACGAGGCGGUAUCAAUAAAGAUGCAAAAACAAAAGUGGAUCGCACUGCGCUUCAUUUUGCAGUUUAUGAAGGAAACAAGGAAGUUGUCGAAUUGCUUUUAUCACGAAACGCUGAAGUCAACAUAAAAGACAUGCUUCGAAUGACUGCACUACACUGGGCAAUCGAGAAGGGCCAUAAGGCGAUUGUGAGACUACUUCUAAAGCAUGGUGCUGAUGUUUCCAUUGUGUCGAAGUUUGACAGAACACCUAUAACAAUUGCUGCAUUAACAGGUCAAGUUGAUUUAAUUCAAGAACUUGACGCGGCACGACAUAAUCAGCGGAAUAAAGUACUAUUGGAAGCGCAAGAAAACCAGUCGGAAACCAAUGAAGCAGUGAAUUCAAUUACUUUGGAUACGUUGAGCACUCCUAAAUUUGACUUAAGUUCUUUAGUUGAAGAUGAAGAAAUGCCCCUCAGUAAAGAAGAAAAUAGCGAUAUUCAAGGUCGGGCAACCAACAAAUGUGGUUUAUCCGACAAAAAUAGGGUUGUAGUAAACGAGAACGAUGAAGAAAUUGAUUACGUGGAACCGAUUGUGAAUUUAAUGGACGACACAAAAGAAAUGGACGAGUCAGCUCUAGAAAUGUUAAAACACCAUGGAAUUACUAUGCUCCCAACGGAUGAUCCACAAAACCUAUUGGCUACGGCUUUACAAGGAGGGCGUAAACUUGUUCUUUCUGAAGCAGGGAAAUUGGUUCUUAAAGAAGCGGGCCAGAGUCAAAUGACGGAAUCGAGAUUAUCCGAUAAUGGGGCAAACAUGCUGCGAAGGAUUUCGCAUAAUCAUUCACAGUCGAAUAGAAAUUCCGAUAAGAAAAUGCCUAUUGUUCUUAGACACAAAACGGGAACACCAUUGAAAAGUAAUAAGAAUGUGAAAAUCAUAUCUUUGGACAUGUUCAGACAAAUGUAUGGGAACGAUUUGUGCCAUCCUUUGAAAAAAAUUGUAAAACCGAAUCUCAAUACAACACAUCAGCCGAAAAUUACGAAGCUAAUAAAAUUGAAUAACGUAUCAAACAGGAAACCGGUAGUUCAAAAACUCAGUAUUCAAGAGUUUCGAGAUCGGACACAUCAUGCAUCCGAAAGUGCCAAGGGCGAAUCAGUAUCUAAUGACGCAGAUGAUCUACCGCCGAAUAUAAUUGAAGUAUGUUCCGAAAGUGAUUCAGAAGAUGAGACAAUUGAUGGGAGAAUGACCAGAAGUCCAAUUAAGAUAAACAACCUUCAGUCGUCGAAUUUCCCGCCAUCGAAACCCGUUCUAGCGGUUGCACCACAGGUACACAACGAGCCGACAACCUUAGAAAUCCCCGAAAUAUGUAAACAAUUACAUGAUCUUAGACGGCAAGUAGAUGAACUCAGACGGCAACUUGAGCAAACUCAAAAACAAAAUGAUGAGUACAGGAUGCGGCUAGAACGUGUUGAGAGAGACAGGGAAGAUUUCUCUUGAAAUAUGUAAACAUUACGUAUGAAUAGCUGCCUAGUUUUUAAUGAAUUGUAAAUAUUAAGCACUUUUUUAAAACCAUAUGCCUUAGAAAUGGUGCAGGAAAUCAUAAUUUUUUGAAAAGACUUGAAUCAUAUUAUUCAACUUACAUAUAUAUGUACAUUGCAUCAUUGCUUCUCGUUAUUUUUUAGGCAGCGUGUUAUUAUUGAGAUCUUAACAUAUGUACAUUCACGCGUACAUACUAAAAUAAAACUAAAGUGAGAAAGUAAGCUUCGAUAACUGAAACUUCUAACAAUGAUAAUAAACUCAAAUUUAUACUAGUAAA